GUUUCGGUUUCGCUUAGAGCCGUGGUUCGGUCGGUCGACGUGUGAACAGGCUGCUGCUCCGGAUCCGCUGAAGUCCUACAGUUUGUUUGUUUGUUACCGUUUAAAGCGGGUUCCAGCUUUAGGCCGAGUCUAAAACACCUGCGACAGUGAAGCGACCUGGUCCCGGAAACUGCUUUUGCAGGAGCUGUGCAUUAUGCAGAAGAUGAGCUGCUUCUUCCCGCCGCUCGUCGUGUGCCUGGACGCGUGCGUGGUGCACGCGGUCCGCCUGGCCCAGCUCUCACCCCUGCUCCUCCCCCACCCCUUCCUCGCCCUGUGGGGCGGGGGGCUGCUGCGCGCGUGCCUGCUCGUCCUCGUGGCCCUGAGCUACCCCGGAAGUCCUGCGGGCACGCGCAGCUCCCAGGGGCUCCAGAGCGUGGGGGUGCUGUGCUUCCACUUCCCCGCCUACGUCACGCUGCUCUGGGGGCUGGGGCGCCCCGCGGUGGAGGAGCUGUGGGGGUGGCACUCCUGGGAAAGGCUGCUGCAGGGCUACGUGGUGACAGCGGUGGCCUGGCUCUACUGGAGUCGCUACGCGUCGUCCCUGCUGCUCUCCUGCGGCCGGAGCAUCUCGUCGCGGCUCUGGAAGGCGCCGCGCGCGCCGGCCCAGAAGGCGUCCAGCUCCGCUCUGGAGCGGCUGCUGGGGUACAUGAGGCCCUACGGGGGGCGCUUCGCCUUCGUGCUGGCGCUCGUUGUCCUGUCUUCCUACGGUGAGAUGGCCGUCCCGCAGUACACGGGUCGAGUGGCCGACUGGAUCAUAAACGAAGAAGCACCUGAUGCGUUCACAGAGGCCAUCACAGUCAUGACACUGAUGACCAUUGCCAGUGCAGUGCUUGAGUUCGUGUGUGACCUCACGUACAACAUCACCAUGAGCCUCAUACACACCUCAGUGCAGGGCGCCGUCUUCCAGGCCGUGCUGAAACAGGAGAUCGCGUUCUUUGACGAGAGUAAGACAGGUGAACUGGUGUCACGCAUCACCACCGACACCAACGACAUGAGCGAGGCGCUGAGUGAAAAGCUGAGCCUGCUGAUGUGGUACACGGCGCGCUUCGGCUUCCUGCUGUUCUUCAUGGUGACCCAGUCAUGGAAGAUGACCCUGCUCACCUGCAUGGGGCUGCCCAUCAUCUGGGUCAUACCUGAGCUCACGGGGCACUUCCACCAGACCAUCGCUGCUAAGGUUCAGGAGUCUCUGGCUAAGGCCAACCAGGUGGCCACAGAGACCUUCUCCUCCAUAAAGACGGUGAGGAGUUUUGCUAACGAGGACGGGGAGACCGAGCGGUACCGACAGCGCCUGGAGGACACGUACGCGCUGAACAAGCAGGAAGCAGUGGCGUACGCGGCGUCAGUGUGGGCCAGCAGCAUGACCACGCUGGCCCUGAAGGUGUGCAUUCUGUACUACGGGGGGACCCUUGUGACCGGAGGUGCUGUUAGCAGUGGAGACCUGGUGUCGUUUGUCCUGUAUGAGCUGCAGUUUGCCUCUGCUGUUGAGGCUGUCAUGCGUUACUACCCUGAGGUGAAGAAGGCGAUCGGUGCCUCUGAGAAGAUGUUUGAGUAUUUGGAUCGGAAACCAAAAACGCCGGCGGAGGGAACGCUGGCCCCGCAACGCUUUGAUGGACACAUUCAAUUUAAAAAUGUUAAAUUUUCCUAUUCUGGAACGGAGGGGACAGAGGUGCUGAAGGGCGUGUCCCUUGAGGUGAAGCCGCACCAAAUCACAGCCCUCGUGGGUCGAAACAGAUCUGGAAAGUCCACCUGUGUCAAGCUGCUGGAGAGGUUUUACGACCGACAGGGAGGAGAGAUUCUGCUGGAUGGAAAACCACUGCAGAGCUACAAAGACCAGUAUUUGCAUGACAAGAUUGCUGUGGUGAGCCAGGAUUGUGUGCUGUUUGCGCGCUCUGUCCGGGAGAACAUCAAGUAUGGCUGCGACAACGCCACAGACGAGCAGAUGUACGCGGCUGCCAAGCUGGCCAGUGCCCACGAGUUCAUCGAGGGGCUGUCAAAAGGAUACGACACAGAUGCUGGGGAGAAGGGAGGUCAGGUGUCUGGAGGCCAGAAGCAGCGCAUUGCCAUUGCUAGAGCUUUCAUUAGAAAUCCUAAAAUCCUCAUAUUGGACAACGCCACCAGUGACUUGGACACAGAGAAUGAAUUCCAGAUCAAUCAAGCCUUGUUGAAGAAAAGCAAGGACUGCACUGUGCUGUUGAUCUCCAACAAGAUGAGUGUUGUGGAGAAAGCCAAUCACAUAAUCGUGCUGGACGACGGGGUGGUGAAGGAGCAGGGCAGUCACCAUGAGCUGAUGGGAAACCGCGGCCUUUAUGCUGAUCUGGUGGAAAAGCAGAAUAGAGGCUUCCGCCGUCCACAAGAGGACACGCGGUGAUCCGUUGGGAGCUGGUUCUGAUUGACUCCAUUGGUUACCUUGGUUACGUCUGCGGUACAAAUGCCUUUAGGACUACACUUUGCACUAUAAGUGUAAAUAGCUUUACCUGUUUUAAGACUUUUUCCUCCACAUUGUUUGAAGUACUUCCAAUCAUAAGCCUGUAAAUUAGUUCAGGUGUUAAACCUGAAUGUUCCAGCGAAACCGAUUCUAUGAAACCCUAUGGUGGGGACCAUUUGCACUUCUGCUUGACAGUACCAAGGUUCUAGCACGAACCCUGGCUGGCGUUUUGUGUUCUAUGUAAUUCUUUACUUCAGUUAUUUUUUUGGUCGUUGACUCUUUAUACAUCUGUUUAUACGAGACUGGUGAACUGUCACAUUCUAACUGGGACGUGCACCAGCUCCCUCAUGAUUCCUGCAGAUCAGAAUCCUAGAGUGCAGUCUAUUUUAAAUCGGUCCAGUAUUUCUUUGUGUCAUGCAAGCUUUGGGAGUAAAUAGGACUUCAUUCAUAUACAAUACAGUAGCAGUUCUAACCAAUCCACGUUGCUUUUAUUCACUUACACACAGCUACUGUGCAAGGUGCUACUGAAACCAGCCCGAACCAGCAAACCUUCAAUCAUUGUACUUAGAUUGUUACAUUACAUGUAGAUAAUUGGCUACAUUUAACAAUCUGAAUAUUGUGAUAUUCAGAAUGUUUCUACAUGUUAUUAUUGUACAUUUUUGAUGUAAAUAUUGAUGCACAUUUCCCUAUGUUGUGAUUUGUUUUUAUUUAAAUGCUUUAACAUAUUAAGGCUUUGCAAAGUUACCUUAUUAAACAUGUUAUUUUAAUGUUA